AUGGGGGCAGGCCCUGGAAUAAAGACCACCACAAAACAGGAAGCGGCCAUGUUCAUCCAGGCCUGGUGGCGGGGCACCCUGGUACGCCGGACACUGUUGCACGCAUCCCUCAGAGCGUGGAUAAUUCAGCGCUGGUGGAAGCAGAUGCUGGUGAAGCUGAUGGAGAAGAAGAAGCGAUUAUCCCUACAGUUCUAUGCUCAGCAAGAAUGGGCAGUGGUCAAGCUGCAGUCCUGGGUCCGCAUGUGGCGCUUACGCCUUCGUUACUGCCGUUUGCUCCACGCUGUCCGCAUCAUCCAGAUCUAUUGGCGCUGGCAUAUUUGUCAAACACGUGGCUUUAUUCAGGGCCGUUACAACCUCAAAGAAAGCCAACUAAAUCUUCAACUUGAAAUCUCUUUAGGCUUACAGGCUUGUAAAGUGCAACAGUGCAUACCCCUUCCAGUAAAUGAAUGA